AUGGCUGUACCAUCUGGCCCUGCGGACUCCAUCCGGACCCGCGAAAUUUUCGCCCCUGAGUGGGAGGUCCAAGUUACUCCCGGCGGUAACAAAGUCAUUCUCAAUGGAACGGUCCAACAAGUUCACGCGCAGCUGCUUGAGCUCAACCCCAACUGGGACAACGACUUCAAGGACGAUCGUACUCAAAAGCGUGAGACACGUGAGAAUGAGUGGCAGACUGCUUCCAACGACCUCGACAAGCGUACCGACUUCUCUGGCGCCGGGUACAACUGUGGUGGGCGAUGGGGUACUAUCAAUCAAGGGGCCCUCAUAGAAGGCAUCAGGUAUCUGAGGAGUCGUGUGGGUGCCCCACGCGCAGCUCCUGGGCCCAGAACAUGCUACAAAGUCAGCUGCUCCUGGAACACUGCUAUCUACUGGUGUAACGAUUCCAAACAGUCUAAAACUCUUGAAUCUUCGGGAAGCAUCGCCGACGGUGCUCAGUUCGUCUACGACAAAUGCAAAACCCGCAAAGAGGGUGGGCAGGUAUUCCACAAGACCAACUGGAACGUAAUCGUUCAGGCAGAUCGCUGCUAG